ACACUAAAGCCUCAAAUCACAUCAGAAUAUCAUCAGAAUGCACAGAAGCAUGUCACCCACGGAUACUACCCUCCUUGUCAUCGACGUCCAGCAAGGUCUCGCCGACAACACACCGUUCCACGGCGGGCACCGCAACAAUCCCCAAAUCGAGAAUACCAUCCCAGCCCUCCUCACCCUCUUCCGCACCCGCAACCUCCCCAUCUUCCAUGUUAAACACAACUCACGCGACCCCGCCUCGACUCUUCACCCCUCACAUCCAGGAAACGCCAUAUUCCCCUUCGCCACGCCCUCUCCAACUCGUCCUAUAGAUGAGCCGCUCUACACGAAAUCUGUCCACUCUGCGUUCAUAGGUACUUCUCUCGAAGCGGAUCUCCGAGCGUGCGGUAUCACGCGGCUCUUUGUGUGCGGCUUCACGUCUAACAUGUGCGUGAACACGACGGUACGCAUGGCUGAGGACCUCGGGUUCGAGGUGUUCGUCGUAGAAGAUGCAUGUGCAACGUUUGAUAGGGUCGGACCGGAUGGCGUAUUGAGGCGCGCUGAGGACAUUCACGCAUACGCAUUGACAGAUUUGCAUGGAGAAUUCUGUACUGUUAUCAAAGCAAGCGAUGUGCAGGGUUUAUUAGGUAGUUCAGAGGCGUAGAAAGGAUAUGCCCACGCUAGGAUAUG